AUCUCGCCCGGGCCUGAAAGUAACAUCGUCGGUAUAUUUCACCGUGCAGCGCAUGUAAGUGUGCAACUGUCGACAUCACCGAGCCUUGUACUUGAUCGUUGUGGCAGCUUCAGAACUUGAGGACCAUGAAUCCAGGCACUCUUACCGGAGCUAAAGCUGCAGAGUUUCUGAGAGCUGAAUCUGAGCUCAUUAUCCAAGAAGCUCGAAAACAAAAAUCAGAGAGAAACAAGGAUGUGGGCGAUCCUAUCAACCUCCAAGGCGUACCUAUAGACAUGACGGUCCGAGGCCAGUAUGUCUGGGUCGCUGAGAACACGACUGUGGCAAGGAAGAUCGAUCUCGAGUCGGGGAAAAGUAUACGGGUUUUCAGAGGACACUCUGCGCCGGUCUCUUGUCUGACUUUGUGCGAUGAAGUUCCGGGGUCGAAAGACGGGAAAAUAUUGAUCACCGGCUCCUGGGAUCAGCACAUAAAAUUAUGGGAUGCAGAGACUGCCAAUGUGAUCUCAUCAACCAACGCACACACAGACUUCGUCAAAGUACUGCUGGUCAUACCGGAGCUAAAUAUCCUCGUCUCCGGAAGCUCAGAUAAGACAGUUCGGAUCUGGGAUUUAUCGUCUCGUUCAUCUUCAGAGCCCCUCACCUGUCUAGGCUCUAUAUCCGCACAUACUCGUCCCGUGGAAGCACUCGAUGCUUAUGUCUCGCCUUCUAAUCCAUCCACCGCAGUUCUCUUUACAGCAGAUACUAUGGGUGCGAUCAAGGUAUGGGAACUAGAAAAAGAGACCGGCAGUGACGGAAAACCUUCAAUUCGACCUCGUCCGGCGGGCGAUGACCUGGAUUAUCACCGUACAAGGGUCAACCAACUUGUCUACGGAGACGGGCAUGUUUGGACAGCCUCGACGGACGAAACAGUCCAGAUCCACCCCUUCCCCGUCCCCGCUCAAGCCAGCAAAACCUCGUCUGGAUCCAGGUCCAUCCCACCAAUAACCCAUUCAGCCGCCUUCAGAGCCGUGCUCCCUCUCCCUCUACACCCUCUCCUGGAUGCUUCGACGUUUCCCUAUCUCAUCGCCGCCUCAGGGGACAACAUCCGUACCUACGACAUUUCCUCCCUCCGCAUCCCAUCCUUCCUCUCCGAGGACGAAAAGACAGGCGGAGGUCUCAGCGGAAGCAGAGACCCAGGGUCCGCGGAGUUCAUCAGAGAGAUCGAGGGGCAUUGGCAUGAUGUGACGGGUUUGGGCGUAUGGUUGAAGAAAACCAACCUGAAGGAGGGGAGGGGGAAGGAGGUCUGGAUCGUUAGUGCGAGCGUAGACCUGACGAUUCGGAGAUGGAGGUUGGCUGAUCUCGUUGCGCCGGUGAAGUCAUUGCAAGAACAGAAGGCAGUUGCUCCUGUGGCUCCACCAGUACCGGAACCAACCAACACUGAGGUUGGUGGCGGUUUGACCGAGGAGGAGGAGCGAGAGCUGGCAGAAUUGAUGGACGAAGAUUGAGUACCCGCCUUUCGCGUGUGUAUCGUUGGCCAGUGCUUGGGCUAUGAACGGUGGAUAUUGA